AUGGCGGAUUUCGGCGCAUACCCGCCCAAUAUGGCGCCUCAAAACGCCCUCAUAGCUCGAAAUGCAGAAGGUCCAGAACAUGCCGUGGUUCAAUACAGCGCUGAUAAUCUGGCCCGCGCAACCCAAGGACCUGCAAAUCCCUUUAAAGACGAUAAAAAUCCACACAAGCGCAAGAAUGUUCUCACAGGACAUGCGGAGGAAACAUAUAUCAGCGAACAUACAUUUCGAGAUCAAUAUCGAGCGGUCGAGCGAAGAGGGAAUCAUCUUUCAGGUGCAGAAGCCAAGGAAGAAUCUGCUAGGAUACGAGGGAAGAGACAGAGGAAGGGCGAUUCAAGUAUAGCGGAAGGUGAUAAUGCGUAUGUUGGACCUUGGGCAAAAUAUCAGAGGGAAGAAUAUGAGGAGGUGGAUGAAGGUGAACCACUACGGAGUGAUGAAGAAUAUGAAGAGGUCGAGGAGGACGCAGUGAUAGAGAGUGGAACUGUUGUUGCUGCACCACCGCAGGCUUUGGCAAAACGGCAAGAAGUCGAAGGAUUGGGUGCCGAGACAACGACUUUCGAGGGGAGCGAACAGUAUGAUUAUCAAGGACGAUCAUAUAUGCACAUCCCAUUGGAUCUGGACGUGGAUUUGAAGAAGGAGGUUGGAAGUAUCAAGAACUUUGUUCCGAAGAAGAUGAUACAUACCUGGAAGGGACAUACAAAACCUGUCAUUGGAAUACGAUUCUUCCCAGAGUCAGGACAUUUACUUCUUUCCGGAAGUGCAGAUACGACUGUCAAGAUUUGGGAUGCUUAUCAUUCAAGAGAGCUAUUACGAACAUAUUCAGGUCACUCCAAAGCUCUAUCAGACGUCGCUUUCAAUGCUACUGGUACACAAUUCAUCUCGGCCUCCUAUGACCGCAUGAUGAAAUUAUGGGACACCGAAACGGGUCAAUGUAUAAAUCGAUUCACAACCGGCAAAUCCCCCCACGUCGUCCGCUUCAAUCCCGAUCCCGAUCACAGCAAUGAAUUCCUUGCCGGUAUGUCAGAUAAGAAGAUUAUCCAAUUCGACAUCCGCACUCGCGAAAUUAUACAAGAAUACGAUCACCAUCUUGCAGCUAUCAAUACCAUUACAUUUGUGGAUGAAAACCGUCGUUUCAUCACUACAUCCGAUGAUAAAUCGUUACGAGCUUGGGACUACAAUAUUCCCGUGCCCAUCAAAUAUAUUGCAGAACCAUACAUGUACCCCAUGACACGCGCAUCCCUCCACCCGUCGAAAAAAUGGGUGGCGUUGCAGUCAUCGGAUAAUAAUAUCUUUGUGUAUGGCGCUACCGAUAAGUUUCGUCAGAAUCGAAAGAAAGUGUUUAAGGGUCACAAUAAUGCGGGGUAUGCUAUCGAUGUGGCUUGUAGUCCUGAUGGUCAAUUCAUCGCGUCGGGUGAUAGUGGGGGAUAUGUCUGUUUCUGGGAUUGGAAACAGUGUAAAAUGUAUCAUAAGUUUCAGGCGAGUAAGGAGGCCAUUACGUGUGUAGAGUGGAAUCCGCAGGAGAGUUCGAAGGUCGCUACGGCGGGCUUGGAUGGCGCGAUUAGGUAUUGGGAUUAG